CUUCCCUUCCGUCAUGUUCGUUAGCUGGUAAGCUAACGUGGCGACACGGAUGUGCCUAGAAGUAAUAAAAGCUCUCUUCUUUUUGAGACUUAUAGUUGUAGAUAGUUGCACCGUAACGGCGCAUUAAAUUCCACUAAAUAUAAUGGUAUUCAGAAAAUAGAAUAGGCUAGUUCGUUGGCUGAUAGCUGCCAUUAGUCAGCUAGCUAGACAUUGGCAUUUAGAAGUCUAAUUAUGAUGCCAGGAGACGAACAAACCACUCUCGGAUUCAAAGUAGUAAUGAAUAAACAUUAAUUAGGCCUGAACAAACUUAUAAAAACUACAGUUAGAGAGGUAACAAAUCUAGGUUAGCUGCACAAACGUUGUCUUUUACAUAGCAAGAUAACUAGCUAACGCUAGCUCCCUUGUUAGUUAGCUAGUUAGUGACAUUUGUUGUCAUUGCAACCUGUCCUGGAAAGGGCAUGGAUCAGAAAGUCUUGCAGAAGAGUCCUGCAAGUUCUCUGGAUCUUGAGAAAGAGGUCCUAGACGAAGUUGCCGAAGACGGUAUUUUUGAAUGUAAAAACACACCUGCUGAUGGCGAGUCGGUGGAAACAACCGUGGACGAAGCUUGUAAAGAGCAAGAAGAGAAAAGGAGCCAUAGGAAACAACCUCAUGAUGAGUUGGAUCCCAGGAUACAGGAGGAGUUGGAGCACCUGAAUGAAGCCAGCGAAGAGAUUAACCAGCUCGAGCUGCAACUACAUAAUGCAAGGUCACAUUAUAGAAAGAUUCUUACUGAUUCAGCUAGGAAGCUCAAUGCUCAAAACACUCAACUGGGCACUUGCAUUGAGAAAGCCAGACCCUACUAUGAGGCACGGAGAUUGGCUAAAGAGGCCCAGCAGAAGACCCAGAAUGCAGCGCUUGGUUAUGAGAGGGCCGUUUCUAUGCACGCUGCUGCACGUGAGAUGGUGUUCGUGGCUGAGCAGGGCAUGGCAGCAGACAAGACUCUCGAUCAAACAUGGCAGGAGAUGCUCAAUCAUGCCACAGCAAAGGUGAACGAGGCAGAGGACGAGCGUGUGCGGAGUGAGUGUGAGCACAUGCGUGUCACACAGCUGUGCCAGGCUGCUGAGGCUCAUGUGCAGACCUUGCAGAAGACCCUCAAGAGAGCCAUUGUCAAGUCUAAGCCUUACUUUGAGCUCAAGUCUCAGUUCAACUCCAUAUUGGAGGAGCACAAGCAGAAUGUAACCAAGUUAGAAGAACAUGUGAGUGAAGCAAAGAGGCGCUACUCCAUUACUCUGCGCCACCUUGAGAAAAUCAGUGAGGAGAUCCAUGCCCAGAGGGAACUGGACCAUCCUGAGGAAGAAUCUAGAAAAGGCAUUGGGGCACGAAGUCCUCCAGUAGGAGCUGAGGCAGUCGUUAGUACAAGGAAUGAAGGUGGUCUCUUUGCAGGCCGCACAGAGAUAAAUGACUGCAUGGAUGGCGAGGAGGGUGUGGUUAAGACAGUAGAGUGGGUGGAGAGACACAGGAAAACUGGUUGGUGGGAAAGUGAAAAAGAGAGAACAACUGGUGGUGAGGUAGUCAGUUCUGACUCCCUCUCAGUUUCAAGUUUUAAAACCAUUGCCUCUGACUUGGAGAAGUGUGACUCUGUUGACCACCUGGGACAGCUGAGCGACACCCUCAGUCUCUCAGGAGAAGAGGAGGAAAAAGGAAAAAGGUGUGAAGAGAAGAGAGGGAUAAAUGACAAAAAGAUGGACAAUCUGGAGCAGGAGAAGCAAGAGCAACUGUUAAGACAACACCAGAGGAGUGUGAGUUUAUAAGGAACCUCCAUGCACUGAGCAUAAAGGGUAGGUGUAGUAGUUUUGAUUCAAAUCGCUUUGUCAUUGCGGUCUCGGUCUCCUCAGACUGUAAGUACAGUGUUUGGGUUUGUUUCACAAUUAUGCAGUGGAAGACAUUUUUAGUUUACUUUCCUUUUAAGUCUAGUUUAAUCUGUUUUAUCAAGUUUAGUCUUUGUCAGAAAACUGACCCUAAAGAUUUGUAAAAUAUUUAUAUUUGCAAUAUAUAGACUGAAACUUACAACCCUCCCAAUAAGGAAACACGUGUUACCUUACCGCAGUUGAAAUUGUUUUCAAGGUUUUUCGUCUAUAUUCUGUUUUAAAUGGCUUGAAUUAGAUUAGAGCAAUGCCGCACUGUGCUGGUCAUUUUUAAAUCAUUUUUUCACAUCUUACAAAGUAUCCCUCUCAAACUCUAACCUCAGAGUUAAUUUUACACAGGGAAGUGAUUAGGUUGAAAAGAAAUCCUUCUUGUGGAUAAUUAUGAUAAAUAUGUGGAAAAGUGAUAAACUCAGUGCAGUUUGACCGCAUUUUUAUCAGCAGCCACAGUUUUGGUAAUUUAUGCAAUACACAGUGCUGUCCUAAUUAUCAACAUAAAUGUUCAGGAUCACAGAUGACAUCCUGUGGAUGUGAUGGAAAAGGAAUAUUCUUAAACAGAGUAUUCCACCUGUACUUAAUCCUCUGAUGUUUGGAUUUUCAGCAGUUUAUUUUUCAAGAUCACUCAUAAACUCCUCAACAAACUCAUCAGCAAUUGUGUACUGACAGAACAUUUGGGGUGAUACACCAAGCACUGUUGAAGUGUAGUAAAUUAGGAUGUGUAUUUCAAACUGACAACAUGGUAAUACAUUCUAAUGCAUGUUAUCAAUUUUAUAUUAGGAUUAUGGUAAGAUUCUUGAAGGUUUGUAAGUAUGUGCCUGACAGGAUUCUGCUUGCAAAUUGAAACUGUGAGACCAGGGUAAAUGGGCAUGUGGCAUAGCUGCUAAUAACCAAUAAAUCGCUGACUCAGUAAUUACUGCCUGACUCAAUUUACACCUCUUUAAUCCAGACAAGCUGUAUGUCAUGAAUUUCAUGGAGCUGAUAUUAGUGACUGGCUUUCCAUUCAGAAACUAAAUCAAUGGCAAAAACAGAUUGUGUUGUGCAAUUUAAGUGUUUCAGGACUGUCUGAAGCAUAUGUAACACCAUUCUAAGAAUCGUUUUGAAGACAAGACAUUUAUUCUAUUAUUUUGUUUUGUCUCCUUUAUUUUACUCCACACCUCAUAGGCAAUUUGAACUUUUUUCAAGCGUUGGUCUGCCCCUUAGUAAUUAGACACAUACAAUAUACUUCAUAGUCCCUUUUCCUUUAAAUAGUAAUGGUACAGCUUCCCAUUCUGAAACUUUGACCCACACACUUGGUAUUGCUUAGUCAUAAAUAAACCUUCAUUAAAAAAAAGAAAAGAAACUCACUACCUUACUGGCCAUCAUUUAAUGCGAUUACCUUAAGGUCAGUUAAAUGUGUGUGCUUUGGCUUCAUUCACUGGUUAAAUAUGGCUGUUGCAGUCCAAAUUAAUUCAGGCCUAUGGCCUAUUAGUGCACUCUUAUUUUUCUAGGAAUGUUUGAGAUUUGGUGCAAAAAGCUAUUACAAAAGCUAGGGUUUUAGUUUAGAACCAGGGUAUACCUGUAUAUAGUGCAAACACUGCGCUAGAAUUUGGAGUGUGUUAAAAUGCCACAGAUUGGAUGCAUCCAUUAGACAUGUCUCAUAGUUGUGUUCUUCUUGGUAUAACUGUAGAUUUAACAAAUCUAAUAGAAAAUGUUGUAAAUGUAGUGAAUGACAGGAAAUUUUGAGGGAUUGUAACCUGGGGAAUGGGUUUGUAUAAAAAUUGAGUGCAGCCAUUCUGUUUAUAAAUGCACUACACAAUUUAACUAGUGCAAUAUAAAUCAGCCGAUUUCUGAAAAUAUCUUUCUUAUUAUUAAGCUAUAUAAGAUGCUUAUUGCUUACUUUACUACUUAUAGUAUAUUUUGGAAUUUAUUCUGACUAUAUGCAAAAGUUUUAUCCUUGAUUAAUAAAUUAUUCCCCUUGUUUGAUCAAAUCGUUUGUAUUUAUAAUUGCAGUAGUCCCUUUGUAAUAGUACUUGGAGGUUGUUCUUCAUGAAGACAUGCACGAAAGUUGCUAAUGCAAUGUCUAAGAGAACAAUAAAUUCCUUGGAUGUGUAAA